AUGGGUUUACGAAAGUCCUUUCCCAAGGAUCGAAACUACGAGUUUUGGAAUAUCAUGAUGUGCGCCUUGAUCCAACGUGACCGGACGCAGGCGGCCAAGGACAGAAACCUCUUCGGCACGCUUGCAUACCGCAUGAUUUUCAAGGCCGCCGAGGCGAUUUCGACGGACCAGGAACAGAACCAUGCGUCCGGAAAGGAGAUCUCGACCCCGGAGGAAGUGGCGCUCCUCGCAGAGAUCCUCAACAGCAACGGACGAGCCGCGGACACGGUGAAAUUGCUACAGAGCGAGACCUUGAAUUUGGAAUCGAAGAUUGGCAAGAAGGAUCCCCAGCUGACGCUGUCAUUACUGCUAGACGCGUUUGAGGCGUCCGAGCAGUGGGAGGAAGCCCGUUCGUUUUGUAGUCAACUGCUGUCCAAGCCGGAAAAUCAGUCCGACGGCCGCAUAUGGACGCUUUGGCUCAAGGCGAGAACGAAGCUAACAUCUUCAAAUGAGCAGGACCAAUCGUAUGAGGAACUCCUGGAUGAUGCAUGUGCAGCUCGACCGAUAUCAAGGGCCUCAUACAUCGCCAAACUACAGUAUCUGGCGACGAAAGAUGACGACAAAUCACUCGACGCCAUAGAGAAGACGUGCGAGGAGUAUGCCGACGCAUUCUCCACCAAGGCAUUCUGCUUCGACGACCUGAAGAGCCCGCUCCAUCGCCUAGACAAAACCCGUUUGCAAGCAUUUCGCGACGCCCGCGCAGCAUCGGAGCAAAGCACGCUGGAGCAACUCUUCGCCCUCGAGCUCGAGUACAGCCUGUUACCCAGCGAUGGCGAGACACAGGCAAAAGAACUCCUCGACUUCGCAGCUCGAGCAUUAAAGCUGUACCACGCCUCGCUCUCCGAAGCAUCACCUCCACCAUGUCCCGAAGCUGCGCUCCUGUCCGUACUUGCGAUCCUCCGCCUCGGAACAACCGCGGCUCCCGUCAAAAGCGGCCAGCAGAAACAACAGCAGAUCGACCACGACCACGACCACGUCGUCCGCGCAAUGAUCCUCCUAGAAACCGUGCGGUCAGCGUUCGAAGACUUCUACGCGCUCACGGUAGUCCUCAUCCGGCUACAAGCGUACCUCGGGCAGCUCUCAUCUGCAAUGGAGACCUUCACCAAACUCAGCGUUAAGAACAUGCAGUACGAGACCGUGGCGCACCUGAUCCUCACGCGCAUUUCGUCUUUACACCCCGCCGCCACCAUCUACAGCACGACCAACAAAAUUAACGGUAGCAGUGAUUCCAAGGACGUAUUUGACCCCCUCUCGGCGAUCGAGACCGGGCUGACGGUGCUGGAGAAUGCGGACAAUGCGCUGGUGCGCGGCAUCCGCGAGGGCCUGCGCUGCAACAGUUACUCGAACAUCCACAACAGCGUCGACAUGCGCCUGCAGCUGCGCAACAGCGCCAGUCGGCACGUGUAUGCCGUCGAGGAGAGGAAGUUGCGUAGGUUGCGUGGCCUCCCUGACGAUAACACCGUCCUUGAGUCCGACAACCGGGCCGAGGACAACGAGGGCGGAACUAUUGCCACGAUUCUGGACGACAACCGCGACUUCAGCUAUUUCCCACACUUCCGCGACGACGACGUCGAGCUGGUCCAGACGCGCUUCCAAUGUGGGCCGUUGCCGCGCGGAGCUUGGGUGCGCACCAUGGCGCUGCAAGACCAUGUGGUUACGUUCCUCAAGGCGGAGCUGACGGGUCAGGGCCAGCAAGCGGGUGUUGGGGUCAAGGCCUUGGAGAAUAUCAAGAAGGCGGUGGCGGCGGCGACGGCAGGGAGCUCGAAGGAGAACGAUGAAGAUGAUGGCCUGACGGACGCAGAGCGCCGGAACCAUGCGUGCCGCCGCUUGCUGGCGAAGGCGGUGCUGCUGAUUGCCGGCGGUGGAAGCGAUGCCACCGCGCCGCAGGAGACAGUCGCCGAGCUGCUCGACGAGCUGAAGGCGUGGUUGCACAAGACGCUGGACGAGCAGAAGAGCAAUUCCAAGACGGCAACAGCAGCAACAACAGUCGCGGGAAUCCGUAUCUAUACAUGGCAAGACCUCCACACGAGCAUCACGCGACUCGAGACGCUGCAGGCCAUCGCGCUCCUGCUCGGCGCACUCGGCAAGAAAGCCAAGACCGCGAAGGGAGGCAGGACGGCUCCGAGAGAUGCACUGGCGGAGAUCCAGACGCUGGUGGGCCAGUUGGAGAAGGAGAUCCACGCUGCGGCACGCCAGGUCAAAGACGGGAUCAGUGCGCCAGGCGUGCUGGGGAAACUAGUGGAUUUGGGAUUUGCGAGGAGCGAUGCGGACGCGGAUGGGGUGGGAGCAGGAGCUGCAGAUGCGGACGCUACUGCUACUGCUGGUGUGUUGGGUGAUGUUCUGGAGAGCGUGAGUGAUGAGGUCAAGAUGGAAACAAUUUGUGGGAGGAUCAGAGAUAGCUGGGAAGAUGCCCUUGAUGGCGUGCUGGCUGUCAGGGUCAAGUUAUGGAAAUAA